AUGGAAGAGAAAUCUCUCAAGAAAAUUGGCCGAGCCUUGGAGACAUAUAUCAAGCUCAGCAAGGACCAUGCAGCAAUGAUGGCUCGAGAAAGGGCUGACUUUGAAUUAGGUCGUCGUCAUUUAGCGAACAUGAUGAAUUUGGAUGCCCAUACCAUGACACAGGAUGAUAUAGAUGCGGCGAUAUGCUAUCUGUUUCCUUCUGGUCUAUUCGACUUGAAAGCCAGGCCUGUUAUGCGUCCUCCGGAUGAGAUAAUGCCCAAGUUCCGCAGUUUGUCAUUUGACGAAGAAGGUCGUCCUAAAGAUAGUCGAUUUUUCACUCUCCAUCCAAAAUUUUACAAACUGUUGUCGUACGCUCAUUUAUUGAUGGCGUUCGAUUACCUUAUUAGUCUACCGUCAUCAGCGGUUGAGGAGAAAUUUAUCAUGCAAUACAGAGAACCACUUGCCGCUUCAACAAAGUCGAAACUUUUUGGACCUGCUGUCCCUGAGGUGAAGGUUUGUCCCAAGACACAACGGCGGGUCGCAACUGUUAGAACUAGAUGUAAAGAUACAAUGGUAUCUGUAAAAGUGUCAGAUGCAGGAACUGGCAAGUUCGACAUUGACGGUUUGGCUCUACACGAUUUCCGACAUCUUGUUGCUAGGUAA